AUGGUGAGACCUCCUCAGCGGUGCCCCCCGGGUGCCUUCCACUCCAGUGCCCCCUGGGGUGCCUUCCACUCCAGUGCCCCCCGGGUGCCUCCCACUCCAGUGCCCCCCGGGGUGCCUUCCACUCCAGUGCCCCCCGGGGUGCCUUCCACUCCAGUGCCCCCCGGGUGCCUCCCACUCCAGUGCCCCCCGGGUGCCUUCCACUCCAGUGCACCCCGGGUGCCUUCCACUCCAGUGCACCCCGUUCGACUGUGUCUAAACCACACCCACCUCAGCAAGUACCUCCUUCCCAUUCCAUCCAAGUGGCCACCAGUACAGCCAAGGAGCCAUGGCCUUUCCCCCUGCCCCGGGCCACACUCCACCAUGCUCCACCACGCUCCACCACACUCCACCACGUUCCACCAUGCUCCACCACGCUUCAUCAAGCUCCACCACAGUCCACCACAGUCCACCAUGCUCCACCACGCUCCACCAUGCUCCACCACGCUCCGCCACGCUCCGCCACGCUCUGCCACGCUCCGCCAUGGUCCAACACGCUCCACCACACUCCACCACGCUCCACCACGCUCCACCACAGUCCACCACGCUCCACCACAGUCCACCACGCUCCACCACAUUCCACCACGCUCCGCCACGCUCCGCCACGCUCUGCCACGCUCCACCACGCUUCAUCAAGCUCCACCACAGUCCACCACAGUCCACCAUGCUCCACCACGCUCCACCACAUUCCACCACGCUCCGCCACGCUCCACCACGCUCCACCACGCUCUGCCACACUCCACCACACUUGACAAUGGUCCACCACGCUCCACCACGCUCCACCACGGUCCGCCACACUCUGCCAUGCUCCGCCACACUUCACCACGCUCCACCACGCUCCACCACGCUUCAUCAAGCUCCACCACAGUCCACCAUGCUCCACCACGCUCCACCACAUUCCACCACGCUCCGCCACGCUCCACCACGCUCCACCACACUCCACCACACUUGACAAUGGUCCACCACGCUCCAUCACGCUCCACCACAUUCCACCACGCUCCGCCACGCUGCGCCACGCUGCGCCAUGCUCUGCCACGCUCCACCACGCUCCACCACGCUCCACCACAUUCCACCAUGCUCCACCACGGUCCACCACGCUCCACCACGCUCCACCACAGUCCACCACGCUCCACCAUGCUCCAGCAUGCUCCACCACGCUCCACCACGCUCCAGCACGCUCCACCACGCUCCACCAUGCUCCAGCACACUCCAGCACGCUCCACCACGCUCCACCACGCUCCACCACGCUCUGCCAUGCUCCACCACACUUGA